GGGGGCGUCCAUUGCAAAAGUGCACCCACACGGGCAACAAUUGUCAUUUCAUUUCGCUAUGAAAAUGCUUCAUUUUAAGGACUUCUUCUGGAGCUCCGACUUGACCUGCACGAGUGGUUAUGACGUCAUCAUCCAGUACCUUAAUGAUGGCAAGCGGACGUGCAAAGAAGUGGAGGAGUUCAUCAGGGCCAGGGCGUCCAUUGAGGAGAAAUACGCCAAAGAUCUGUUGGGUUUAUCCAAGAAGGUGUGUGGACAUAAUGAGAUGAACACAUUAAAACGAUCUCUGGACAUAUUCAAAUUACAGACGGAACAUGUGAGUCUGUCGCACUUACGUGUGGCAAACAGCAUGAGGGAGGAGGUCAAGAAAAUGGAGGAGUUCCGAGAGAAACAAAAAGAAGCGAGAAAGAAGUUGGAACAACAAAUGGAGGCUCUUCACAAGCACAAAAGUACUCAGCUCAAGAGAACUAUGGAGUCAAAGAGGACGUACGAGCAGAAGUGCAUCGAUAAAGAAGAAGCGGAACAGAAUGUGAACAGAGGCAGCAGCGGCACGAAGCACAUGGACAAGGUUUUGUUCAAGCUCUGCGCUAAAGCCCAGCAGGCCAAAGUGAAUGCAGAAGAAGCAGACAGGAUUUACCGUCAGAGUGUGAUGUCGCUGGCCAAGAUCAGAGAUCAUUGGCUGAAGGAACACAUCAAAGCCUGCGAGGUGUUUGAGAAGCAGGCCGCUGACCGCAUCAAUUUUAUAAGAAACACAAUAUGGACUCACCUCAAUUUGCUGUCUCAGCAGUGUGUGAGCACAGACGAGCUGAAUGAGGAUGUGAGGAAGUCGCUGGAAAGAUGUGACAUCCAGGAAGAUAUUGAACAUUUUGUCAAGCUGCGACGCACUGGGGACAAACCGCCAGCUCCAGUCUUGUAUGAGAACUUCUACAGUGGUCAGAGAGUUCCACCUCAGUUACCUCCACCUCUCAUCAGGGCGCACCCAUCAACCCAUCAAGGUAACAGAAAGAUGUUUUUUUUCCCCCCCUUGUACUUUAUCUUGACUUAUGCUAUCAGAUAAACGUGUGCUUUGUAUUGUAGCAGCAGACGUGCAAGACGAAGGCUACAGUGUUGUUCACUUUUGAAGAAAUGGGCUGCGCUGCAUUGGGCAAUACCACUUUCUCCUGAUCCAAUAUGGUAUGCUUGGAAGAGUUUAGUGUGGAAAAAGGUCCUCCAAGACCUUUGGGAUGAACUAAAGGGGCCGUGGCAAUCAUUCGGUACAACAGCUGUGAAAUUAGACACAUUUCCUUUCAUUUUAAUAGAACGGUGUCCCAAAAAGUUUGUACAUAUGGUGAUUUCAAUGAAUCUUGUUUAAAUAAAAAAUGCUUUAUUCAGGGCACGUUUGGCAAUUGACAAAUAGGGCUCAAAUGUUGAGUUGCCGAGCCACAGCCUCAAAAUGCUCUAGGAUUAGAGAGUAUAUGUAAAGAAGAGUGGACCUACAUCCUCUUCAGGCCGGCCCGGAGAUGCUGACCAAUCCUAUUCAACAUGAUUGAAAGUUUUUAAUACCAACAGUUCCUCAUGUGUUCCAUUAGUCUGCAGAUGUGGUCUGGGAGUUAGCAAGAUUGCUCUGAUUGGAUCAAGUUUAAAAUCAGUUGGAUGGUCCUCUCACCUUGAUAGGGCAAAGAGAAAUAGAGGGAAAUACUGGGUUGAGUCAUGCAUGGGAGCGAGAAGAGAGGCAAUGUUAUGUCAUAUUAUUAUUGGGUACUACCUUCUAAACUCAUGCGAGGGUUUUCAAGCUUCUUCUCCAGCAAAGAGUCUAGCAGCUUCCUCAGGUGUUUGAAGAUCACGCCGAUCCGCACAGGGGCCUUGAAACCAAAUGUGGUCGUAAAUAAAGGAUUCCCUCAGAAAUGACAGCUGACAUUACAGCACAUCACAGGAGUCCCCGUGUAACAUGCAAAUACGCCCUCUAGUGGCUAACAGCAGCAAAGGGAUGUAUUAUUGUCAGUAUAAUCAAUGCUAGUUUUAAUCUUCUUACACCAACAUUUCUGAAGUUUUUGUACAUAAAAAAAGCUAACCUAUAACAAAAGAGACGCACAUUUCUUUAUUCUUGGAGUUCUAAUACAAUGAACGAUAUAAAAACAUUUGAGCUGAAUGUUGACUAAUACAUAACAGCAUAUCGUAGCAGUCUAUGUGAAAAGUAUCUUUAAAGGUUCCAUUAGAGCCAUAAAACAUGCAGUCUCAACACAACCACAAUGUAAACCUUAAUCCCAUUUACAAUGUGUUCUGAUUUUGUCUUAAUAAUUCAAAUCUGUUCCAGGGUCAAACUGCCGACAUAAAUUGUACAAGCAAAUGCAGAAAUAAGUUAGUCUUACUCAAAAAUGCGCUAACCCUUAAAGGAGAACGACACUUGUUUUUUGUAGUUUUGCCCAUCAUGAACAACCCUUUGUUAGACAAUAACGCACUUUGUUCCUUUUUUAUGCAUUCUAAAUAUUGAAAAACUGCUAGUGAGAGAUGGCUAACAAUGCAGGUAAUUGAGGCUGAGAUCUAGUCCUCCUAUAAAGCCCUCUAAAAUCCAUCCAAAUACAGUUUUAUAAACAUGUUGUAAGUAUGUAUGUAAUGUAGUAACAGGCACAUUUAAUGAUAACAUGUAAUAUUAACAGUAUUUUGCUCAUUUCAAGCUUUACUGUGACUUCUUCCCUGGGUGCAUUUAUAUCACAGAGCGCAUAAAGUAGGUAGCAUUUUUAUGCAACAUGGAGAUCACUUUCUGUUUAUGCUACCACUUAUAACAGACUUUGUGAGAGCCUUGGAGGGUUAUCAUGUAGCACUAUAGCUAAACGCUUCAAAUAAGUACAUAAUAUAAGCGUGACUUACAAUGCCCGCUUUCACUGGGAUGGCGACUGAUGGAAUGGUUGUAUCUUUCAGCACAUUGGGCUCUCCUUCAGCUGCUAAAUUCAGAAUGACCCUCACUUCUCAAAUAAAAAACGCUCCCUAGCAAUGGUUUUAUGCUGUGUUCCAUUAGUUUAGAGACAAGCUGAGAACCAUACAGAAUCAAGUUGGUAGCGUGUGGAUUUUCAAAGUUGAUCAACUUCUCGGCUUGGUGCCACAAACUUCUCGUGUACGUGUGAGAUGCAUGAUUUAUAAUGUAGCAUUAACCCUUCUAAACUCAAAAGCAAUGCAGAAGCUGCUCAAGCUUCUUUUUCUUUAUUUUAUGGUAGGUUGUAACGUAGCCAAUAUUUAUUAGCAGCUCGAGCUAGCUAGUAGCUGGCUACUCGCUAGUGGUCGUAGGCGCAGUCUCAGGAAGGUGAUGUGUGCAAGAAAAGUAGUUCCUAGGUGUUAGUUCUUACAAUAGUAAUGUCACUAUAGCUUGGUUAAUAUGCAGGUCACGGUGUGUAAAUUGAAAAAUGUUGGUGUUUUUUUUAAAAGCGCUUUAUAAGCGGAGUGGAUGACAUCAAAAUACCUGCGUUGUUAGUUGCCUUGUACUAGCGUUUUUUUAAUAUUUAGAAUGGACAGAAAAGAGAAAGUGUGUUCUUAUCUUACAUAAGGAUCGUGAAGAUGGGCAAAACUCUAAAAAAGGGGCAGUUUUUAUUAACCUACAGCACUCCCUCAUGCCUGUUACCUGGAAAUGCAUCCAUCCGUCCAGCGUAAUAAGUCGCUCUCGGUGCUGAACAUCAAUGUCGCCUCCAAACAGCAGCAUUGGGAACGGAGAUAUCAAAGUGGUGUCUCGUAGGUAGAUCUUGGUGUACUUCACCUUUAACAUGAUUUACUUUGAUUACUUCAUGAGAACUUGACCUUUAUUUGAUUUACUUGGAAAACUUAAUGAUAUAAGUACAAUAAAUGCGGUGAAGAACAUGCUCAAACCUUCUCCUGGUAGAGCAGCCAUCCGUGCGUCUGCAGGUUGCGGUUGACGGACGAAGGAUGGACCUGGGCCUUGCCCUGCGGGGUCUCCGCCGAACAAGCCACCCGCUCCAAAACGUCCACGGAGGCAGUGCAGAGGAUCCGCGCCACGCUGUCGUACAGGCCGGCGGUCAGAACAGAACCCAGCACGGAAAGCAUCUGCUUGGAGGCGGCGGGGGGCACGGCGCGCGAGGAGACGGGCCCGCGGAAUGAGCAGAAGCCCGCUUGCUCCAUCAUCCUCAUCAGGUCGUGCUUCACGUCCUGCGUGAACACAAGAGAGCAGACCUGCUCACUGGACACUUCAUUACGUACAAUAGCACAAAAAAAAAGUAUUUUAAAUUGGUGUUAUUUCAAUUCAAAAUAUGUUAUAUUUUUGUUGUAAUUAUGAGAAGAUUAAAAUGAAUUUUCAAAACAAAUGUCAGA